AUGCAGUCCGGUGCCUGCAAGAUGUAAACAAGUUGUGUCCUUCGCGAGAACAAACUACGUACUUCUUCCCGGUCGUAGUUUCCGCGCAGCAAACACGCAGUAGCGGUUUGUGCGUUUUUGUGCGAUUUGAUGUUCUUACAACGGUGAUUAUAAAGAUCGCUGUCUUCUGGAAUGUGACGCAGUGUAGUCUGGUAGAUAUUUGUCAACUUUUCUGAAGAACCUGCUACAUCGAUGUUCGGGGCUGAAGAGUCGUGCAUCUUCUGUUCAGAAAAUCGUUUGCAGUCUUAUAUCACAAGAAUAUAAAGAGGUAGUAGACGCAAGAAUACAUGACUCUCCAAGCGACACGAAAUUCCCCCGCUUUCCAUCUCAGAUCUUAACAGAAUGUUGCGGUGGUUAUCAGUAUUUGUGGUGGCAAUUGCCACUUUCUACUUUAUGGAUGCUGUGAACAGUUGCAAUGAGGCAGUGUGUGCAAGUGUUGUUAGCAAGUGCAUGCUCACGCAGUCCUGUAAGUGUGAUCUGAAGAAUUGCUCAUGCUGCAAGGAAUGUUUUAACUGCCUUGGGGACCUUUACAGUGAAUGCUGCUCCUGUGUAGACAUGUGUCCGAAGCCUAAUAUCACAGGCAGUAGCCUGAGCAAGAAGAGCCAUGUGGAGAUAUUCAGUGACCCUAUCCCAGCGUUGUUUUCUGCACUCAUGUCUGAACCUGAUACUCAGCAGCGGUGGAUCACUUUCACUUUUCCUGUUGACUUUUAUAUGGAUCCAUAUCGGCCAAAGUUGGAAAAGGAGUUCAAGUACUGGACUCAGAGUGCAGAGCAGGAAGUGGCUCCAGUGAAGGAUGUCAUCACGCUCAACUGCACAGUUGCUUACAUGAGCCAGUGUAUGUCUUGGAAUAAGUGCAAACAGUCAUGUAAAUCAACAGGGGCCCAGAGCUACAGAUGGUUUCAUGAUGGGUGUUGUGAAUGUGUUGGAGAAACUUGUAUCAACUUUGGAAUUGAUGAGAGCAGGUGUCUGAACUGCCCAAUGCAAAAGGAAGAAGAAGAAGAAAUUGGUGAAGAUGAGACUUCCUACAUAUAUGACAAUGAAGAUAAUGAACAUAAGGAAAAAGGAGAUUCUCCCAAGAAUCAGUGAGACAAAUGUGAAUGACAAAGGAAUUGUAAUAUCACAGACAAUCAGAGGUUAUGUGCAUGUGUUUUAGUGAAUGGUAAUCAGACGUGAACAGUAAUUAUGUUUUGCCUUAUAUUUUGGAGUCCUCUUAAGUUGUCAUGCUAUCAGGAUGCAAAUAGAAGGCAACUGCAAGAAGAGCUGUGAAUGUUCACAGUGUGACUUUGAUUAAGUCACCUUACCGAGACACCUUUGCAUGUUCUAUAUUCAAUUUUGAAUAUUUAUUAUCAUCACUGAUAAAAGAUAAUUACUUUUUAUAUAAAACUUAUAUUGUAGUUUGUUUAUAAUUCAAUAUAAAGAACUGUGAAUAUUGAAAGAAUCUGACAUCAGGAAGGGACUGACUUAAAUGUGUUCAUUUAAAUACUCCUCCUAUAUUUGUACUGUUGGUAAUGGUUCCAGCACUUUUUCUUUUUCUGGGGUAUGUAUACCAUUAAUCAACUGAUACAUAGUGCAACCUUAUCAAGAGACACAUUUCUGCUGGUGUAUUGUGUUUUGAACUUGAGGCUAAACCCAAGUAUGAGAGCAUGAGCAAACCUUUCUUAAGAGAGAAGGAGAGAAUAUAAAGCACUGAGGGGUUCUGUUAGUAGAGAUUUGUAUUAAUGGUUUUAAUCUGUUACACAGAGUGAUUCAAAAGUCAUGCAGUAUUCAUUGCAUUAUUACUUUAUUAAUGUAAUAUAGAUUAGAAGGAAGGUUUUAGCAAAUGUUAGAGUAUAAUAAGGUUACAACAAAUGUUGAAAGGGUCCUCAGUAUUCCUAAAUGUAAGCACAAACUUUUUUCACCAUGUUUCCUGAGGCAUCAUAUAGCAUUUGAAAAUUUAUAUUUGAAACUUAAUAUUCAGCAUCACUUUGUAACUCCUGCAAUGCUUGUAAAAUGAAAAUCAAGAGUAGUUAUGUCAGGAGAUCUUGAAAGUAAGGUGAUCACCAAAAAAUCUCCCAGUUAGAUCAUUUUUUAAUUUUAAGUAUGACACAAUGCAGUGUCUUGCAGUGACAGUUCAUCCUCUUCCAGAAAUGAAAUGAACUGUCAUGGUAUGCUUGUGUAUUUUCCUGUUCGCUGUAUCCUUGAAAAGUCAUCCCACCAGUCAUUGAUGAGAAACAGCUCACCAAAACCCGGUGUUUUUGGGGGGGGGAAAUAGAGACAGUUCAUGGAAGACAAAUGUUUACUAUUCCAGUAUGAUGACUGUUGACAUACCUGCCAAGGUGAAACUGUGCUUCAUCACUAAAGAAAGUACUGCUCAAUAUAACCAGUGAAUUUUCCUUGUUGAAUACACAAAACCACUGACAAUAACAUUAGGUGGGCUGUUCUACACAUCUGCAUAACAUGGUGCUCAGUGAAGACAUAAGCUAAUGAAUCAAAUCAUAUUAUGUGUGGCUAAUCAGUGUAUAUUAAAUUAAUAAAAAUUUACUCUCUA